UGGAUUUUGUCGUUUGGUUUACUUUUGCUUCUUGCACGUGUAGUGGACUUUGUUUAUACAUUUCACAUUGGAAUGGAAUUACGUCACCGGUUAUUGGUCUUAAGUCAUUUAAGUCGACGAUGAUUGGUUCUGAAACAUAGUACCGGGCUUGGAGACUUCCAUAAGAAAAUCAACAGAAAAUCAAAAUAUUGUAGGCCUACCCGUUCUUAUUCUCGAUCUCCUCACAUUAACUCUUCUAAAAAAAGGAGCUGAGAACAGGCUGCUGCCAAAUUAAAUGAAUAUAGACAGGGCAGUACGUCAUAAUGGUUCAUGGGAAAACGCUAAAACCACAGUGACGUUCAAAAUCUCCUAUUAAAUAAAUGCGAAAUGUCGUUACUAUCAACCGCGACUCUGUAGGCUGAAAGAUGGAACCGUUGCCUCCCGUUAAAGACUUGCUGCAGCAGGACGAGCUCUCCGAGGCCCUUCAGCUAAUCAGGGCUCGUGCACCAACACAAAAGCUUCAUGUACCGUGUGGCGUCCAACUGACCGUCUCCAGGGCUAAAAUGGGCCAUUCGCUUUACCAGCCAACAUCUGACUUCCUGAACAUGGGUCCAGCCUUGAGUAUAAUGAAACCUAGCUACAACAGUUUACACGAUCCGCACCUUUAUAGUUACCAUUACAGGAGAACAACGCACAACGAGCUAAGAAAAGGAAAAUAUAUAACAAAAGACAAUGAGGUGAUAUGCUCUUUGAAGGAUUAUAAUAUUUAUGAGGGCUACUUGAGGACCCUCAAGCUGGUUGCUGACCGAACAUAUGAUGAGACACAGAGGGACAAGAUGAGGAAGUUCAUUGAGUUUCAGGAGCAAGGCCUCCUUCCCGGUGACGUCAGCCUGGCUGACGUGACCGAGGUUUUGCUGGAGGAGGGUGUAGCGAACCGACGGCAGCUUCUGCAAGCUGAAUCAGUGCAGCAGAAAAAUGAACAGAAGGGACAAGAGGCAGAAAAUGACAGCGGACAGAAUGGGACAGAUUUUUACACAGAGCUGUACAUGCUGACCUGGAAUGCUGACGAUCGCUCUCGGCUAAUGAUGUACGAGAGGGAAUUCCGGCAUGAGCAGAACAAGAAGAAGUACCUUAGAGAGAUCCAAAAGGAGAGAGACAGGAAGAAACAAGCUGCUCUGGCACAGAAAUGUGCCAUUCAACACAAAGAGCUGCAGGAGAUUUUGAAAAUCGCUGAAGGAGCAGCGAAGGAGCACUCCAACAGGAGCAAGCUGCAGGGCGAUAAAUUCCGGUUAGUUCCACCAGGGGGUAACCAGUACCUUCUGUGCAGGAAGCGAAGCGUGGAGUCUCGAAUUCUCCGAUCGGACCAGCUGACAAGAUCUGAGCAAAAGGCAACCAGCACGGAGCACAAACAGUGUACGCUGGAGCAUGAACACGAUGACCGGGAGUGGGCCGCAUUGGAAAGUAACUGCGAGGAUUGUGAAUGGAUGGAAGACUCAGGUGAAAACAGCGAGCUCGUCGAUGAGGUGUUGCGGGAAGCGACUGAGGCGACUGAGGCGGACCACCUGGGCCUUCGGCCAAGACGGCGGCCAUUUUGUUUGCCACCUCUACGAACAGGCCGGAGACGAGACGAAAUGGACCAGAGCUGUGCCAUCCUUUAGAAGAACAGGAAGAUCAAGAGUUUGUAAUGAGUUCACAAUCAUGCUGCCAAUCAUGUCAUUGUGGAGGCUACAGCACACACAAGCAAAAUACGACCGUACUUGGAUCAUGUGUUUUUGAGCAUAGUUUAAACACCUUUUAUAAAUGUUCCAUAAGAGCUAGCUGUAUGGGGGGCCUUUUCAAACCUAAUGAAAAGGAAGCCAUGUUAUUUGUUGUACCUCACCAGAAACCUGAUGUGUUGGAAUCAUGGGGUCGUGAUGUAACUGAUGACGACCUCGAGUGAUGAGUCACAGGUGUUUCGGCUUAAAUUGCUCCCUUGUAUCUGUCCCUUUGACAGUGCCAUAGUUGAGAAAGGAUGGGAGGAACAAUAAUGUAUGAUGCAUUAAAUAAUUAGGAGCAGAAAGAAAGUGCCAGAAAUUUAAUGAAUGACAAAGGUAUCGCAAUUAGUUUGCCCAUGAGACCCGAUUAUUUCUGAUAUCUGUAAUAUAUCAUAGAAAAAUCAGAUGCACUAUAUCUACCUCUCAUGUGCACUCACAAAAGUAAUUUAUUUUUCAAUGUUACCGUGCUUCAAAAAGCAAAUAAAGCCACUCGUGUACA